ACAUGUUGUAACAACCGUUGAGUGAGCGGUUACCAGUUGCUGAACGACGCUUUAGGCCACGUGACUUAUACCAUCUGUUUAUCAGUGUUUUCUGUGAAAGUUUGUUAACAAGUUAGAAUAAUUACAGUCGUGUUAUUGUUCUUAUUAUUUGACACUUACUAUCACGGAUGGUUUGACGAAUAUGGAUUUAUUAGAAUUGGCAGUAUUGAUUGGAGCCGACGAUGCAGAUAUGAGAGGUGUAGAAAUACGCAGAAAUAUCAUAUACUUCAUGGCAAACGAACUUGGCGAACCAUUGCAGAAUGAUUUAUUACAAAAUGAACGCAGAAUACGAUCCGAAAAAUGAAAAUUAUUACUAAUAAUUGUAUCACGAUACACUGAUCCUUUAUUUAAGGAACACUUUAGGAUGUCUAGAAUCACAUUGGAAAAUUUGAUAAACGUAAUUGGACACGCAAUGCCUUUAAAUCAUAAUAAUCCUGUAGACUUAAGAAAAAAAGUAAUGUUUACUAUAUGGAUUUUGACAAAAGAAAGUUAUUUGGCUACUGGAGAUCGAUUUAAUUUGAUAAAAAGUACUGCUCAUGAUAUAGUCAAAGAAAUUACAAAUGUAUUAGUUGAUAUAUUACCAAAUUAUGUGAGAUGGCCCAAUGCACGAAUGUGCGACAUAACUUCAAAGAUAUUUAAGAGACGCUCUUAUGAUAUCUCAGGAAGUGCUAUUGAUGAUUGCCAUAUAUCAUGCAAAGCUCCUAUAGACAAUGCUAAUGAUUUCUACAAUCGAAAAGGUUUUCACUCUAUUGUCUUACAAGAUGUAAUAUUUUUGUAAUAUUUUUUUGUAAUAUUUUUUAAUAUUUUUGAUUAAUAUUUUUGAAAUAAUAUUUAAUUUCUAUAAUAAAUUUGCGCUUUUUUAAAAAGAUGCAAUGAUAAAGCAUAAA